AGUUGAGGUCUGAAUUUGAGACACUUCGCUCAAAUUUAAUGAGUCGUGUUCCUUCACCUUCUUUAGAUAUUUGUUUUGGUGAAUUACUUCGCGAAAAACAACGUCUUCUCAUUCAAAACUCUCUCCAACAAGAAAUACUGUCAAGGUUGCUUUUGCUGCCUAAGGAAGAGGAAAGGGUCGGGACAUGAGUAGAAUUCAAUGUUAUAACUGCAAAAAUUAUGGCCAUAUUGCUGCCAAUUGUGCAAAGAAGUUUUGCAAUUAUUGCAAACAGUCAGGACAUGUCAUAAAGGAGUGUCCAACACGGCCUCAAAACCGACGAAUGCUGCCCCAAUUGCACCAAAUAAUCUCACUCAUUUUUGCUGCUCCAACAGUUUCUACAACUCCCUCUUCAGCUGCUGAACCUGUGAUUCUUACUCCAGAAAUGGUGCAACAAAUGAUUAUUUCAGCCUUCUCCGCCUUAGGACUACAAGGAUCAGGCAUCGGGGACAGUAAUCGCGAAGGGGCCUAAAGUUGGGAGACUAUUUCCACUACUAUUUUCCAUUCUUCGUAUAUCUUCAUUUUGUACUACAGUUAUUAGUCAGAGUGAACUAUGGCAUGGACGUUUAGGUCAUCCUAAUCUUGUUAUUUUGUCUCAUUUAUCAAAUUUUGGUUUCUUGGGCAAUAAAGAACUCCUUGCUAAGGUUCCUUUCGAUUGUUCCACAUGUAGACUUAUGUAGACUUGGUAAAAGCAAAACUCUUCCUUUUCCUUCUAAUGGUAGUCGUGCUAUCCAAUGUUUUGAUAUAAUUCAUAGUGAUGUCUGGGGCAUUACACCCGUUAUUUCUCAUGCUCAAUACAAGUACUUUGUGACAUUUAUUGAUGA